UUCUCCUCCACAGACAACGAGAACACCAAGUCAGAGGGAAAGUCCGGCCACCAAUCAGAACGCAGCGAGGACCCCGAGGCAGACAGCAAGCGCCAGCAGCCGGGACAACCCCACUGUUCCUCCGAACAAGACAUGAAGCGCCAGGAAGAAGGAGACAGCUCGAGUAACCCCGAGAGCCAGGACAGCGACGACAGCCUGGAACCGUCGGAUGGAGAGCCGGAGGAAGUGGAGGAGGCGAGCGGUGGAGGAGGAGGAGGAGGAGGAGGAGGAGGAGGAGGAGGAGGUGGAGGAGGAAGGUUGGGGAGGUUAGCAGGACUGGGAGGGUUAGGAGGGCUCGGCGCCAUCGGAGGACUUGGGAAUCUGGGAGGGCUUCAUAUCAAAGUAGAGCACUACGGAGAGGGGGAAGAAGUACAGCUGCACAACCCACAAACUUCUUCCUCAGAGGAGGAGGAGGAAGAGGAGGAGGAGGACGACGAUGAGGUGGAGGAGGGAGGCGUGCAGAACUGCGACGCCGGGAACAAGCUCCAGAAGAGGAGGAAGAGGAGGAAAGUGCAGAAGUGGGACGGAUCCCGGAGCAGAAGGCUUCGUCUCUCCUCGACGACGCCCAGCCCGGUCGGCAUGGACGACGCGACGCCGCUGGUCGAGGCGUCAUCCGCCAACUCCUCCCACCUCCUCGCCAACUCUGGAUCCCCGAACAGCCCGGGUGCAUCGUCAGUCUUGAAAAUCAAGACCGAGAUGGCGGAACCGAUCAACUUCGACAACGACAGCAGCAUCUGGAACUACCCGCCCAACAGAGAGAUCUCCAGGAACGAGUCGCCGUACAGCAUGACCUCCAAACCGGCGGCGCCAGGGAGCCACGAGUCCUUCCCCUCUCCCCAAGGAGGCUCUCUGCAGGUCGCCAUCCCAGACUCUGUCCUCACCCCUCCAGGGACAGAAGGGGGCGCAGGAGGGGUGAGGAAGCCACCUUACAACGGAAGCUCCGCCCCGUCGUCUGCUUCCAGCGCCGCCAGUUUAGCUCCUCCCUCCAGCGCCUCGUCCGCCGACCCCCUCUCCCCUCCUCUGUCGGCCUCCCCGAGAGACAAGCAACAAGGUACGCCCACCACUUCCUCUUCUUCUUCCUCCUCUUCCUCCUCCUCCUCUGCGUCCUCGUCGACCUCUUCCUCCUCGCUGCUGUACUCCGGCGACCUCGAGGCGCUGCAGCGUCUGCAGGCCGGUAACGUGGUGCUGCCGCUGGUCCACCGGGUCACGGGGACUCUGGCGUCCACCAGCACGACGGCUCCACGGGUCUACACCACCGGCACCAUCAGGUACGCACCGGCGGACGUCACACUGGCCAUGGCGCAAGGGAACCUCCUCCCGAACGCAGCCAUGAACUUCGUGGACGGCUCAGGGUUCGGCUUGGACCCGAAGACGCCCAUGGAGAUGCUGUACCACCACGUCCACAGGUUGAACAUGUCGGCGGCGGCGGCGGCCGGCCCCUUCGUCGGAUCGCCCGCCGCGUCGGGAGCUAACGGCGCCCUGGGAGGCCAGAUGCCGACGGCGGCAAACGUUUUCACGACGGCGGAGGGACUUUUCUCGACGCUGCCGUUCCCGGUGUACAGCAACGGGAUCCACGCCACACAGACAACCCUGGAGAGGAAGGAGGAUUAAGGCGAAAUGUUGAAGACCGUAUUACUGUGUUUCUGGAAUCAACGACUGUGAAAAGAAAAGACUUUUCUAUCUUUUAUCAACACGGCACUGUGUUCACCGAGAGGGAGAACGGACAGGGAAGGACCACAAAUGUACUCCAGCACUUUGAAUCUGAGCAACUGAGCUUGUGUAAUAGACAUGAAUGACCCUCAGACAUGUCCCUCUUUUCUAUCUCUUCCUCUCCUCAUCCUCCUCCUCCUCCUCCUCUGUCUCUCUUUGCAAUCAGCAAGGUCUUUUUCUCAAACGAACAAACAGACGAUUCUUUCCUGUAAAAGAAUUCCCUUUUUUUGCCUACAGAGAAUUCAUACGAGCGGGAGGACUCCGCCGGAGCCCGACCGCUCAUUUUUAUUAUUUAGUCUUGAUUCUGUUUGCGUCUUUAUGAAGAUGCUGAUUGUUUGUAUUUAAAAGGAGGAACGGUGCAGGGAUUUGUAACGGACUGGACUCUUUGUGGCGACUCCUUGAUGUGAUCAAGACGUGAGAAGCAGUUUUUAAAAGCAAGAAGAAGAAGAAGAAGAAGAAGAAGAAGGGAGCUCUCCUGCGCCGCUGGGAUAAUCUUUUGAAAAGAGGACGUUUGUUUCUGGAUGGAGGGGAAUCGUUUAGUUGACUUCUGUUUUCUUUUUUAUAUAAAAUACUCUAGCUCAGACUUACAAAUCAAGCAUUAUGAAGAAAAACAAAAAAAAGCAAUUUCAGCAGCCGGGUAAUGACCUGUGAAAUAUCGAAUGUUACUACUUCCUCUUUAUCCCAGGAGUUUACCUACAGGUCUCGCACCAAACAUAACCUCCUCUUACAUCUCUUCACAUCUCUCUCUCUCUCUCUCUCUCUCUCUCUCUCUCUCUCUCUCUCCCUCUCAGUUCUCCUGUCUGCAUUUCUUACCUGUUCGAUCUACAGAUAUCAUGGUGCUACCGACCGUCCAGUCACCCUGAUUCAGCUGGCUGAUGUGGGUGCUGUAAACGACCCACAGCUCGUUUGACAGACUUGAUCGUGUUUUCUUUCUUUUUUCGGAGGGGGAAACAAUGGUUAGAGUUUUAUUUGGUUUUCUCAUCUGACCUUCAGGAAAGUCAGACACACAGCAGGAACCCUGAGAACCUCAAAGUCAGCCUCAUCACCUCCACGUGUCUCUCGUUCGUCCGUCUGAGAGGAAGAAGAAGAAGGAGAGCGUCACGUGAUUGGGCGACGGACAUGGAGAUUCUUUUAUGAGGAACUUGGUGCCAAGUAGCUGAAAUACGGGAGAGAGGGAAUCUCUUAUUAUCAAUGUUAACAGUGUUAUAAAAUUCUAAAUACAAACAAAUUAAAAUAUUAAAAAAGAGAAAACUAUGGUACAUUUCUAUUUUUUAUUUUCCUUCUUUUUUCCUCACAGAAGAGGGAAAAACAUGACUAACUGAUGCUAACUUUGAGUGCCUGGCUUAUUUUUUAUUAUUAUUAUUUUUAAAAGACAUCUUUUUGAGUUAAUUUUUUCCAUGAAUAAUGCUGCAAAUCUGAAUAUGUACAUACUUCAUUUUUAUAGCAGUUGUUCUUUUAUAAGUUUACUAGGUUCUCAUCCGCUCAGAGGAACAUGUCACACACAUGGUUGUCUUUCUGUAACCCGGUUUUCACCAUCUUACAGGUGCCAUAUUCAUAAUAAAAAUUUCUCUCAAA